CCGCGCCUUCCCACAGUGCUCCGCGACAGCAGCUAUGGAGGCCGGCAGGACUGCGGUGUUGCGCGUGAAGCGGAAGCGCAAUGCGGAGCCAGCAGAGGCUCUCGUGCUGGCCUGUAAACGCCUCCGGGACAGCGAGGUCCAGUCGUCUGCUCAGGAGACGCCAGGGGAUCAGGAGACGGCGGCGCAGAGGAAUGUCUUCCAGUUGGUUGCUACCGUGCGCUCCCAGGAGGAGCCAAUCCAGCAGCUUGUGCGCGCUGCCCUGCGCCCUUCCCGGAGCAGCCAGCUGCGUAUCCGCCGCGAUCUUCGUGCCUCGGUCCGCGAGGUCCGUAAAGAGGGCCGCUACAGGAUAGUCUCCAGCCACCGGUCUUCGGGGACCUCUAGCAGUUUGGAGCCCCAAUGUGUGUCAGAAGCUGACGGGGACACAGGCUUCCAGUUGUUGGACCUGGUCCACGAGGAGGGAGACCCGGAGGCGGCUGCCACAGAUUGCUGUAAAACAUCUGAUCCAGAUGUGAUCCUCUGUAAUUCUGUAGAGUUGAUCCGUGAGAAGCUAACUGUAUCUGAAGAUGGAGCACCAGUAGAACAUCAGGAGGAACCAAAGCACAAUGACGACUAUGUAUAUGACAUUUACUAUAUGGAGAUGGUCCCUCCAGGGUGGAUUGAGAACAUCCUGUCUGUGCAGCCCUACAGCCAGGAAUGGGAGCUGGUGAAUGAUGCUGAGCAACCAGAAGAUAUUUAUGAAGACGAAGAUGAUGAAAACAGUGAAAAUAAUUGGCGCAAUGAGUACCCAGAUGAAGAAAGCAGUGAUGGAGAUGAAGAUUCCAGAGGCUCUGAUGAAUAUAACAGCCUCAGCGAGGAGGAAAGAGGCAGCAAUCGAUUGGUAUGGAACAAAUACCCUUUGGAUGUACAGAAGGAGUUUGGCUAUGACAACUUGCAUGACAUAGAUUCAGAUUGAUGGUCUGCUGGUAUUCAUGAGAUUCUUCCACAGGCCCUUGAGGCUCUGUGGAUUCCUAACUGGAAAGAAAAACUACAACCCAGCACAGUGAAGGCUUCCACUGACAAGCAAUAAUUGAAGCCAAGCAUGCUGGCUCAUGCCUGUAAUAUUCCAGCAUUGGAGAAUCUGGAAGCCAAGAGGAACACUGAAAAUGCAAGGCCAGCCUGGACUGUGCCAUAAAUUCUAGACCACCCUGGGCAAAGAAUUUGAUUCUUUUAAAAAAUAAUAAUAAUAAUAAAUAGUAAGUGAUCUUACAAUCUGGAAAAUAAAUGAUGUAUAACUUCCAGCUCAGGUGGUUUUUCUGUCAUUUCACAUCUAUGCUCAAGCCUAAAGGAGCCUCCAGUGGAGCCUGUUCCCCUUGAUGGACAACGAUGGCUCCCCUGCCCGAGCUAUGGGGGCCGUUCCGCCUUCCCCACCUUGGACUCUGAUGAUGGUUGUAAAGACUGCUCUCAUCUUUUGGCAGUGGAGCCAAGGAACAGGAUUGUAUGAAUAUGAUACUCUUUAAUAAAGACUAACUUUUA